CUUCGGGUGCCCCCUUUCCAGCCGGGACGUCUUAAAGGGCUCGGAGCCGGGCAGCUCCCCGCGCCGCAGCGCCUGCUUCCCCUUCGCUCCUCUCUGGCCCUCCCUCCUCCCGCCCCCUCGCUCCCUCCCCCAGCGCGCUUCAGCCUCCGAGCUCCAGUAGCUCCGAGACAGCUUUCCAGGAUUAUGGAGUUUCUGAGCGAGAAGUUUGCCCUCAAGAGCCCACCGAGUAAAAACAGUAACUUUUACAUGGGCGCAGGAGGCGCGUUGGAGCACGUUAUGGAGACGCUGGACAAUGAGUCCUUUUACAGCAAAGCGUCGGCGGGCAAAUGCGUGCAGGCCUUCGGGCCCCUGCCCCGCGCCGAGCAUCACGUGCGCCUGGAGAGGACCUCGCCCUGUCAGGACGGCAGCGUGAACUAUGGGAUCACUAAAGUAGAAGGACAGCAGCCUCUUCACACCGAACUAAAUAGAGCUAUGGACAACUGUAACAGUCUCCGGAUGUCUCCCGUGAAAGGGAUGCCAGAGAAGGGAGAACUGGAUGAACUUGGGGAUAAAUGUGACAGCAACGUAUCCAGCAGUAAGAAACGGAGACACCGAACCACCUUUACCAGCUUGCAGCUGGAGGAGCUGGAAAAGGUCUUUCAGAAAACCCAUUACCCGGAUGUAUACGUCAGAGAACAGCUUGCUCUGAGGACUGAGCUGACUGAGGCCAGGGUCCAGGUUUGGUUUCAAAAUCGAAGGGCCAAGUGGAGAAAAAGAGAACGUUAUGGCCAAAUCCAGCAAGCUAAAAGCCAUUUUGCUGCCACCUAUGACAUAUCAGUUUUGCCAAGGACUGACAGCUAUCCACAGAUUCAGAACAAUUUGUGGGCAGGAAAUGCGAGUGGUGGUUCUGUGGUCACUUCAUGCAUGUUACCGCGUGACACUUCCUCCUGUAUGACACCUUACUCUCACUCGCCUCGGACAGAUUCCAGUUACACAGGGUUUUCAAACCACCAGAACCAGUUCAGCCACGUGCCCCUCAACAAUUUUUUCACUGACUCUCUUCUUACCGGGGCUACCAAUGGACAUGCAUUUGAAACAAAGCCAGAGUUUGAAAGGAGGUCCUCCAGUAUCGCAGUUCUUCGAAUGAAAGCCAAGGAGCACACUGCCAAUAUUUCAUGGGCCAUGUAACAUACAGUACUCUUUUCUUUUUCUCUUAAUGGCAAAGUAAAACAUUCUUAUUUCUCAUAUUUAAAGGAUACCACAAUAAGCUGCUGUGUGUGGAAUUGCUAAAGGUCAAGAUAUACAGUGAGACCAGCUUAAAUGAAUAGUUGUUAUUAUUUAACAUUAAAAUCUAAGAAUGAACCUCUGAAAAGACUAAAUAGGUUUACCAUGCACCCGUCUCCACAAACUCUGUUUUAGUAGUAAGAUUUUUUUUCUAUUGUACGAGUCAAUGAAAUAUGAUCAUGCAGCUUCUGAAAAGAAUAAAUGUAUUAAACAAAUUCCUCUGUUAUAGAUUGAUUUAUGUUAGUUCUGUAUAACAAGAAAUCCCUUGUAAAAUAAUACCUGAAAAAGGAGGAAAUGCACUGGGGAAAAUGUCAAGAUGCCAAAGCUGUCAGGUAAAUAUUGAAGCAGGGUGUUUGGGGGAGUUAACGGCCAUUUCUCCCUCUCUGGCUCCAAGACACAAUGGGCAUAUCCUCUGUUGCUGAGAAUUUAUCUACUGGCCUUGAAGAUUUUUUUACCUCUACAUGUUUUGGUGAAUUUCCACUCCGUGAAAAAAGGACUCUUCGGAAAUGACCAGCAUUUGCAUGAAAUAUUCGGGCAUCGUUUCCUGAAACCAUGUGG